AUGAACCACGUGACGAUCAAGCAGUCUGAUACUAGGGCUGACCCCUUUCGAGUCUUCAUUUUUGGGGACCAGAGUAGCUGUAAUUUAUCCAAUUUGCAGCUGCUUCUUUUCAAAAAAAGCAAUGUCUACUUGGCGUCCUUUAUCGAUCAAGUCAACCUCACCUUGAGACAUGAAGUAGCUCGCCUCACGGCGGCAGAGCGCCAAUCAUUCCCUGCCUUUUCUAGUGUACAAAAUCUGGUUGCUCGAGCGCUCAAGAAGGAUACAAGCGUGGCCUUGGAGAGCACCUUGGCAACCAUCUACCACUUGUGUUGCUUCAUCAACUACUUUGGAGACGGCCAAGAGGCAUAUCCAACGGGCCCAACUACCCACGUCUCGGGGUUGUGUAUUGGGGCAUUGGCCGCAGCCGCGGUUAGCUCUUCAAAGUCGCUGGCUGAGUUGGUUCAGGCAGGUAUCGAUGCAGUCCGCGUGUCACUCAAAGUUGGCCUCUUGGUGGCUCGAACAGCAGCUUUGUUCAGUCAUCAGGAGUCCAACGGGACCUCUUCGCCCCCUUGGUCAUAUGCCGUUCCCGACUCACAGCUGCCCCUGGCACUAGCUGAAGAAGCAAUAGAGUCUUAUCAAGCCAAAACUAACAUUCCGCCUCUCUCAUUGCCGUACAUUAGCGCAAAGGGGCAGAACUCAUGGACGGCCAGCGGACCGCCAGCAAUUGUGCAGCACUUUCUGGAGACUUCGCAAUUUGAAAAGACGUUGAGGUUGACGCCGCUUGCUGUGCAUGCGCCAUAUCAUGCGCCGCACAUUUUCUCGGCCAUAGAUGUCCAGCAUAUUAUCCGCGCUGUCGGUCCGGUUAGCAGUUUCUCAAGCAAGCUCUCUUUCAUUUCUAGCUCGUCUAGCCGCAAUCUGGCAACCGGCCUCAAGUUUCAAGACCUGCUCUACCGGGCUGUUGAGGACAUUCUCAUUCUACCUCUAGACCUGCGAGAGGCAGCUGAAAACAUACGACUAGUUCUCGAAGCAACAGACAACGUGCAACAAUGCGCCUUGUUCCCCAUCUCAACCGGCGUCGGUCCAAGCCUCAAACAGUCGUUUUCGCCGGCCAUGGCAAGUCGAGUCUCCAUAGUCGACUGCAUUAUGGAACGUGUUGCAGCGGAUGCCGGUCCAAAGUCCACUUCGGGCCCGAAGCCAAGCGAGUCCAAGAUAGCCAUCAUUGGUAUGUCUGGGAGAUUCCCGGAAUCCGCAGAUGUUGAAGCGUUCUGGGACCUUCUACACCAAGGGCUCGAUGUUCAUCGACCUGUACCACCAGAUAGAUUCAACGGAGAAUUGUACUACGAUGUCACUGGCAAGCGGAAAAAUACAUGCAAGGUUAUGCACGGAUGCUGGAUCAACGACCCGGGCCUAUUUGAUGCCAAAUUCUUUAACAUUUCUCCAAAAGAAGCCGAACAGUCUGACCCUGGUCAGCGAUUGGCUCUAGCAACCGCGUAUGAGGCUCUUGAGGCGGCGGGCGUUGUUGCUGAUAGAACACCCUCAACCCAGCGAGACCGGGUUGGCGUGUUUUACGGCAUGACGAGCGAUGACUAUAGAGAAGUCAGUUGUGGCCAGAAUGUCGACACCUAUUUCAUACCAGGGGGGAAUCGAGCCUUUACACCGGGGAAAAUUAACUACUUUUUCAAAUAUUGCGGCCCAUCUGUAAGCGUUGAUACUGCGUGCUCAUCAAGUCUGGCCGCAAUUCACUUGGCUUGCAAUUCCAUCUGGAGAAAUGAAUGCGACACAGCCAUUGCUGGUGGUACAAAUGUAAUGUCGAAUCCUGACAGCUUUGUAGGGUUGGAUCGCGGAUAUUUUCUCUCACGAACAGGCAACUGUCACACUUUUGAUGACGAGGCCGAUGGCUAUUGUCGUGCAGACGCGGUUGGCACUGUUAUUUUGAAGAGGCUGGAGGAUGCCAUUGCAGAUCACGACCCUAUUCUCGGCGUCAUUUCAGGCGCUCUCACAAACCACUCUGCUGAUGCCGUUUCCAUUACGAGACCGCACUCCGGAGCUCAAGAGGAGAUUUUCUCCAAACUACUUACCGAGUCCGGCGUCCACCCUCACCAAGUCAGCUAUAUAGAGAUGCACGGCACUGGGACACAAGCCGGUGAUGCGACGGAGAUGACGUCCGUUCUGAAUUGCUUCGCUCCAUCAACGUCCACGAGGCGGCUGCCGCACGAAAGUCUUCACCUUGGCUCUACCAAAGCAAACGUCGGUCAUUCCGAAUCUGCAUCCGGAGUGUCAGCCCUGAUCAAGGUUCUGCUCAUGAUGGAAAAAAAUAUCAUUCCCCCUCACUGUGGCAUCAAGGGCAAGAUUAACCACAAGUUCCCGACUGAUUUGGACGAACGCAACGUUCACAUAGCCAAGACGGCCACCCAGUGGAACAGGCGCAAUGAGUUGAAUAAUAUUCGCCGCGCCUUUGUGAAUAACUUUUCUGCCGCGGGCGGCAACACCGCACUGCUCGUGGAAGACUAUCCACUGCUUAUCGCGGACUCAUCACAACCAGAUGGUCGGACGGCUCAUGUGGUGACCGUAUCUGCCAAAUCUAUCAAAUCUCUCAAAGGAAACUUGGAGAAUUUAAAGAAGUUUGUUCAAAAGCAAGCAUCCACCGAAGGCUUCUUACCCAAGCUGUCUUAUACGACCACAGCUCGACGGAUGCACCACCCAUUCCGUGUUGCGAUCCCAGCUGCCAAUUCCGAGCAGUUGCUAAGCGCUUUGAAUGAAGAGCUUACCCACGAUAGCUACACAUGUUGUUCUGAAUCACCCGUCGCUUUUGUCUUCAGUGGUCAAGGGUCUCAGUAUAGCGCCAUGGGCCAGCAUUUGCUGCACUUUACAAUUUUCCGCGACGAGGUCCACGCGUACGACAUAUUAGCACAACGCCACGGAUUCCCUUCAAUCAUGCCCCUCAUAGACGGAUCAGUUGAUAUCGAGGACCUUGAGCCGCUCGUCGUCCAGCUCGGCACUGUAUGUGUGCAGAUGGCACUUGCAAGCCUCUGGAUGGCACUUGGUAUGCGGCCAGCCUACGUGGUUGGCCAUAGUCUAGGACAUUACGCGGCGCUCAAGGUCGCUGGUGUCCUUACCGCAAGCGAUACCAUCUAUCUGGUUGCCACGAGGGCUCGGCUGCUGCAGAACAAAUGCAGCCGCGGUAGUCACGCGAUGCUGGCCAUCCGAAGCAGUGCCGCCGAGAUCCAAGCCCACUUGGAUGAGGGUAUUCACGACAUUGCUUGCAUCAAUGGUCCACAGGACACCGUUGUCAGUGGCUGUAUUGACGAUAUUGACCGACUGUCUCAGAAACUCAUGGACAAGGGCAUCAAAGCUACAAGAGUUAAUGUUCCAUUUGCAUUCCAUUCGGCUCAGGUUGACCCCAUAUUGGACGAGCUCGAAGCCGUAGCUUCCCAAGUCGAGUUUCAUGCCCCAAGGGUGGCCAUUGGAUGUCCCUUGCUCAGCAAGACGUUUAAGGCUGGCGAGACACCUUCACUCGAGGCCAAGCACAUAAGGCGUCACUGCAGGGAAACCGUCAACUUCUUGGACGUGCUGCGGUCGGCCAAAGACGACGGCCUCGUCUCCGAAAAGACGGCCUGGAUCGAGAUAGGCCCGCAUACAGUGUGUUCAAACCUUGUCAAGGCAAACAUCAAUCAAGAUAUUACGGCAGUCCCAUCUUUGAUGCGCAACAAAGACGGGUGGCAAGUUUUGGCUUCGAGUGUUGCAACUCUGUACCGCCAGGGGUCAUCGGUCGCCUGGGAUGAAUACCACCACGACUUUGAAGCAUGCAAACAAGUGUUGCGGCUACCGGCCUACAGCUGGGACAACAAGUUAUACUGGAUAGAUUAUGUGCACGACUGGCUGCUCACACGAGGCGACCCUCCCGUCCAAGCUGCCGCUUCGCUUCCAGCGCCUCCUUCAAGCUUCUCAACCGCCUCGGUGCACCGAAUUGUUCACGAAUCUGUUGAAAAGGGGAAGCUGACUCUGACGGCAGAGUGCGAAUUCACGAAUGAGCAGUUGCAUGAAGUGGUAUACGGCCACCUUGUCAAUGGCAAUCGCGUUUGCAGCUCGUCCUUGUAUACAGACUUUGGCGUCACCUUGGGCUCUUAUAUCCUCGAGAAAUAUCGUCCGGACCUCCAAGGCCAUGCCGUCGACGUCCAAGACAUGGUGGUCAACAAGGCUCUGGUCCACAAGGAGGGCCCGACGAUGCUCCUCAGAAUCGAUGUUGUCCUCGACACGACGGACAGCAAAGCCGCAAGCAUGUCCAUCUACAGCGUCAACUCCAAGGGAAACAAGACUGCCGACCAUGCCCAGUCCAGCCUUCACUUUGAGCAGCCCAAGGUCUGGCUCAAGAGCUGGGACAGCACGCAAUACUACGUUGAGCGGAGCAUCGAGUGGCUCAAGGAAAAGGCCGACCAAGGUCUCAACAGCCGCAUGUCUUCUGGCGUCAUAUACAAGCUCUUCUCCAGCUUGGUCGACUACAGCACCGCCUACAAGGGCAUGCAAGAGGCCAUUGUCAACACGGAAGACUUUGAGGCGACGGCGUUGGUUCGGUUCCAAGUCGACGAGGGCAAUUUUCGAUGCAACCCCAUGUGGGUGGACAGUUGCGGCCAGCUUGCUGGGUUCCUGAUGAACGGCCACGCAAAGACACCCAAAGACCAGGUGUUUAUCAAUCAUGGCUGGCAGUAUUUUAGGACAGUAAGAAAGUUCAGCAGAGACAAGACGUAUCGCACAUAUGUCAGGAUGCGGUGCGUCGAAGGGACCACGUAUGCCGGGGACGUUUAUAUUUUCGACGACGACGGCAUCGUGGGUGUUUGCGGUAGUAUCACGUUCCAAGGUAUUCCCCGGAAAGUCCUCAACACUGCGAUGCCGCCGCCAAAGUCUCAAAACGAGGCUCCAGUUCGUUCCGGUCCUGCAAAGCCUGCGGUGAAGCCGCCAAGGAGCGCAUCGUCAGAACAUUCGGGUCACUUCGCGCGCCAUGCCAACAUUGAACCCCUGAAGCUCGAUGCGGCCUUGAAGUCGGCAACUACGGCAAGAAAUCCCAUGCUGCCUGUUUUCAAGAUUGUGGCAGAGGAGAUUGGCAUUCCCUCGGCGGGUGUUGACAAUGGUCUCGUCUUUGCAGACUAUGGGGUUGACUCUCUUCUGUCUCUGUCCAUUUCUGGACGACUUCGUGAGGAACUGGAUCUGGAUGUCGAGUCGUCGGCUUUUGAAACCUGCGCAACCCUCGCCGACCUCGCCGCCCACCUUGGAAUGGACACCUUCUCGGCAGAUCAGUCCUCUGGACAGUCGAGUUCCUCUGGUGGGCUUUCUCCCAGGAGCGAUUCCAUUGGGGAGAUGACCAGCAGCGCGACUACGCCCCCAUCUAUGAGCCCGCGAGGCUCCGUGUCUGGCAGUCAGUGCAAAGACGUGUGCGCCAUUCUGGCAGAGGAGAUUGGCGUGUCCAUGGGCGAGAUUACAAAUGACACCGAUCUGGGUGCCUUGGGCAUGGAUUCACUCAUGUCGCUGGCUGUGCUCAGUCGUCUGCGCGAGGAGCUCGAGCUCGACUUGGAAGGGGACUUUUUCGUUUCUCAUCCCAACUUUAGUUCCUUCAAGCACAUGUUCCAACAGGGACAUGGGGAUGAGGCUGAACCAGAGACGUCUGCAGAGUUGAAGCAGUAUCGCGCAACAUCGACUCUCCUGCAAGGUAGCCCCAAGUCGGCGCUUUACACCUUGUUCCUACUCCCGGAUGGCUCCGGAUCCUCCUUUUCGUACGCACCCAUCAACGCGGUGCGCAAGGAUGUUUGUGUGUUUGGUCUCAAUUGCCCUUGGCUCAAGUCUGCCGAAAAGCUGGUGCAGUUUGGCCUCAAAGGUCUUGCUACCCUCUACGUCGAAGAAAUUCGACGCAGAGCGCCUCACGGCCCAUACAACCUGGGCGGAUGGUCGGCGGGAGGCAUUUGUGCGUACGAGGCGGCAAUCCAGUUUACUCGAGAAGGCGAAACCGUCGAGCGUCUGAUUCUCCUCGACUCCCCCAACCCAAUCGGCCUGGAGAAGCUGCCCGCACGGCUGUUUGAUUUCGUCAAUGGCCUGGGCCUCUUUGGCGACGGCAAGGCCCCGGACUGGCUGCUCGCGCAUUUCCUUGCCUUUAUUGACGCCCUGGAUGAGUGGAAACCGGUGCCCUGGGACAAAGCCCUCGGCGGCAGCUCGCCACCGCCCAUGACAUAUAUUCUCUGGGCUGAGGACGGUAUAUGCAAGGGUACGGAUGCCCGUCCGGAAUAUCGAGAUGAUGAUCCCCGUGAAAUGAAGUGGUUACUUGAGAAUCGAACAAACUUUGGAGGUAAUAACUGGGAUGUUUUGCUCGGUCAACAGAGCCUUUCCAUUGAACGCAUCCAGGAUGCGAACCAUUUCACCAUGUUGCGCAAGGGCAAGAACACGGAGCGUGUCGCGGCUUUUAUUCGGAGUAUAUUUGGUUAA